CAAAUGGCGGGAAUAAAGAAAGAUACAAACCCGGCAUGGCGGGAAUGGAAUUUAAUGUUUGUAUAUAAACCGUUGGAUCCGAAUAAUGUUGUCUCAAGUUAAUCAUUUCUAAAUUGCGUACAGUGUGGGUUUAAGCAUUCCUGGGCUGCUGUAAUGGGGAGGCGAGAGAAGGCCCCUAGGGUUUCUGAAGAAAACUCGGAGGAAGAAGACGAAGAAAUGGAGGAAGAUCAAGAAGCAGCGCACGCUUCUGCUUCAAACGGGAAGAGCCUCUACGAGAUUCUUGGGGUGGGAAGAUCAGCAUCUCAGCAGGAAAUAAAGAAGGCAUAUUACAAGCUGGCUUUGAGACUGCAUCCUGAUAAGAAUCCUGGUGAUGAGGAAGCUAAGGAGAAAUUUCAGCAGCUGCAAAAGGUGAUUGCUGUUCUUGGUGAUGAGGAGAAAAGGGCAGUUUACGAUCAAACUGGUUGUGCUGAAGAAGCCGACCUUGCAGGAGAUGCUAUCCAGAAUUUGAAGGAGUUUUUCCAAGCCAUGUACAAAAAGGUCACUGAAGCUGACAUUGAAGAGUUUGAAGCUAAUUAUAGAGGCUCUGAUUCGGAGAAGAAAGAUCUGAUUGAUCUUUACAAGAAAUGCAAGGGUAACAUGAGCAGGCUCUUUUGCUGUAUGCUUUGCUCAGAUCCUAAAUUGGAUUCACAUCGUUUUAAAGAUAUUAUUGAUGCGGCAAUAGCAGCUGGUGAUCUGAAACUAACAAAAGCUUAUGAGAAAUGGGCCAAGCAAGUAUCUGAAAAAAAGCCACCUACAAGUCCUUUAAGACAGAGGCAGAAGUCUAAUAAAGGGUCUGAAGAUUUAUACGCUAUAAUUUCUCAGCGGCAAAAUGAGCGGAGAGACAAAAUGAAUUCUCUGUUCUCAUCCCUUGCGAGCAAGUAUGGUGGCGAUCAAUCUACCCCAGAGCCCAGUGAAGAAGCAUUUGAAGCUGCUAGGCGGAAACUUGAGAGCAAGAAGAAAUCCAAGCGGAAGUAAUUCUAAUAUGGUAUUUGGUUUCUGCACCUGUUCCACCAAAUUUGGGUUAUCUAGUGUUAAUAUUUCAGUGAUGAAUAUUAGGGUAAUGUAAAUGUUGAAAGAUGUGUUUGAUAUCCAUCUCAAGCUGAGAGAUAAUGACACUACCAGGGUUUGUACCUUCUCAAAUGGAUAUGUUGUGUUACAUGUACUUUAUGGAGUCAUUUGACAGGUGAAGAAGAAAGAGCAUGAACUGAAGCUAGCUAGUGUUUAUCAUUUUGUAUGGUCCA